GCAUUGGAAGUGCCGCCCCCCGCUCGGGUGCUGAGUCACGGCGGCCCGGCCGGCGCCCGGCGGGCAGCGCACGGAAGCCCCGCCCCGUCCCCCCUCCCCGUGGGGGCGGCGGUAUAAAAGGGGCGGAGCGGGGCGGGAGCGCUCAGAGCGCGUCGGCGAGGCUGAGCGGAGCGGGUUCCUGCGUCAACAGUGCUUGGACGGAACCGGCCGCGCUCGGACCCGCCGCCUCCCCCCACCGCCACCGCAGCAGCCGUCGUAUCCAUCGCAUCGAUCUCUCUCUAUCUCGGCAGCGCCAUGGCUACGCCUCCUUCCCAGGUGCGCCAGAACUACCACCAGGACUGCGAAGCCGCCAUCAACCGGCAGAUCAACCUGGAGCUGUACGCCUCCUACGUGUACCUCAGCAUGUCCUACUACUUCGACCGGGAUGAUGUGGCUCUGAAAAACUUUGCCAAGUACUUCCUGCACCAGUCCCAUGAGGAGCGUGAACAUGCUGAGAAGCUGAUGAAGCUGCAAAAUCAGAGAGGUGGGCGCAUCUUCUUGCAGGACAUCAAGAAACCAGAUCGUGAUGACUGGGAGAAUGGAUUGACUGCAAUGGAGUGUGCCCUGCACCUGGAGAAGAACGUGAACCAGUCGCUGUUAGAACUGCACAAACUGGCAACUGAAAAGAAUGACCCACAUUUGUGUGACUUCAUUGAGACUCACUACCUGGAUGAGCAGGUGAAAGCCAUCAAGCAGCUGGGUGACCAUGUGACCAACCUGCGGAAGAUGGGGGCACCCAAGUAUGGCAUGGCAGAGUACCUGUUUGACAAGCACACCCUUGGGGAAUGUGACAACAGCUGAAGGCUUGACAAGAACCACCCUGUGGGUUUCAGGGGACUUCUACUUUACUGGUCCAGCAAUGCAUGCGUCUUCAGCUUUCUAGAUUAAACAGUUCUUAUACUCUGUACCAAAUAUCAGCUAUCUUUUCUUUUGUGUUUUGUGUACUGCCCUCCAUCCAAUAAAGUGACUUGGUUCAAGGUA